AUGAGAGACGAUAUUGCCGUUGGCUGCGACAGGAAGCCUACUUAUGAAGCUGGAACACUCACCAUUUAUGUUUUCGUCUGCCUCACUCUAUUUACAUAUCUAAUCACACGAAGCACUUCUCUCUCUCUCUCUCUCUCUCUCUCUCUCUCUCUCUCUCUCUCUCAUCCUUUUCACUUUUUCCCCUCUCUCUCACUGUAUUGUUCUCUCUCCCCUCCCUCUCUCUCUAUCUCUCUUUUUCACUUUUCAGUAUUGCAUCUUUCUCUCUUUCUCUUCCUUUCUCUCUCUCUUCCUUUCCCUCUUUCUCCAAUAGAGUUUUUCUCUUUUUUUGUCUCCCUUUCCUCUUUCUCUCUCUUUCUUUAUCUUGUUUUUCCUAAUCCUAGCCUUUCUCUCUCUCCCUCUCUCUCUCAUUCUUCUCACUGCAUUUUUCUAACCACUCUUUCCCCUUACCUUCUAUUAAAUGUUCCUUCUAUUUCUCUCUCUCUCCCCUCUCUUUUUUUUCUUGUCUCCCUUUUCUCUCUCUCCUUGUCUUUCUCUCAUUUUUCUAACCCUUGCCACUCCUCUCUCUUUCUGCUUGUCUUUCUCUCACUUCUACUCUCUCCCUCUCUCUCUCUCUCGCGUCCUUUCUACCGCCUUUGUCUUCAUAACCUAACCACUCCUUCCCUCGCUAUUCUUCCACGCCAACCUCUUCAACCCUUCUUGACAUUUUAUACCACUCUUCCCGCGUUUUCCGUCUCUAUUCAUUCCAUUGUUCCUAAACGCACGCUCACCUGCUACUCAUUCGCCGACCGUCUCUUCACAUUCACCAACGUGUGUCUUCAUUUAUUUUUCCUCGCUUUGUAUCGGCUUGGCACUUUUCUUUUGCAUCGAGGCAACGAGAUAAUAACACAGCGCGUUUCAUUGCGACAUUCCGUUAGGAGCAAAAAUAAAUAUUUUUAA